AUGGAUAUUGACCACCUUAUGCUCAAUGGCGAGCAGGGCGGGCCAUCCGUCAAGAUCUCGGCUGCUAGCCGUUCCCGAGUCGAUUUCGAAAUGACCGGCGCCGACCUUGCCUUUGCCAAUUCGAUCCGUCGCGUCAUCCAAGCCGAAGUCCCCACACUUGCUGUCGACCUUGUCGAGAUUGAGAUCAAUACAUCCGUGCUCGCCGACGAAUUGAUCUCUCAUCGCCUCGGACUCAUCCCGCUCGUGUCCAAGGACGUGAAAGACUUGCGCUACUCGCGUGACUGCGACUGCGACCAGUACUGCGAUGCCUGCAGCGUCCGCCUUAGCCUCCACGCCAAGUGCAUGUCGGAUGAGAUCCUCAAAGUAUACGCGCGCGAUCUCAUCAUCGAUAGCGCCCGCAAGAGUGCGGUACUCGGAACGCCGGUCAUCACAGAUCCCGACGGCCACGGCUCGCUCAUCUGCAAGCUUCGCCAGGGUCAAGAGCUCAAACUUCAGUGUAUCGCCAAGAAGGGCAUCGCAAAGGAGCACGCAAAGUGGAUGCCUACUUCCGCGGCCCAAGAGCAAGUACGCCGAGUGGGAGGAGCCGCCUCAAGAGGGGGAACCCUUGACUACAAUGCCGUCCCCGAUCGGUUCUACUUUGAAGUUGAGGGUGUUGGUGUUCUCGAUCCCGACGAGAUCGUCCAGGGCGGUAUCACAGUUAUUCAGCAAAAGAUUGCCGAGCUCAUCCACGUAAUUACCGGCAGAGACCCCGAGAACGCGGCCGAGAACGAGUACGGCGGCCCGCGGAGCCCCGACAUGGCCAUGGAUGGAAAUCCUUGGCAGGAUACGGGCUAUGCCACGACGCCCUAUGGAGAUGGCGGCAACCAGAGCACAUGGGGCGGUGCUGCAACAACGCCCUACGCGACCACCACACCCUACGGCAACUCUGGACAGAGCGGAUGGAGCUGA